CGGGAGCGAGCAGCCGCCGCGAUGAUGCCAACUCCGGUUAUCCUGCUCAAGGAGGGCACGGACACCUCGCAGGGCAUUCCCCAGCUGGUCAGCAACAUCAACGCGUGCCAGGUGAUCGCCGAGGCCGUGCGCACCACGCUGGGCCCGCGCGGCAUGGACAAGCUCAUCGUGGAUGAUCGGGGCAAAGCCACCAUCUCCAACGACGGGGCCACCAUCCUGAAGCUGCUGGACGUCGUCCAUCCAGCUGCCAAGACCUUGGUGGACAUUGCCAAGUCCCAGGAUGCAGAGGUGGGUGAUGGCACCACGUCUGUGACCCUGCUGGCUGCUGAGUUCCUGAAGCAGGUGAAGCCCUACGUGGAGGAGGGGCUCCACCCCCAGAUCAUCAUCCGGGCUUUCCGCACGGCCACGCAGCUGGCUGUGAACAAGAUCAAAGACAUUGCUGUGUCUGUGAAGAAGGAGGAUAAAGAUGAGCAGAGGAGUCUCCUGGAAAAGUGUGCAGCCACAGCCCUGAGCUCCAAGCUCAUCUCCCAGAGCAAGGAGUUUUUCUCCAAGAUGGUUGUAGAUGCUGUGAUGAUGUUGGAUGAUUUGUUACAGCUCAAGAUGAUUGGGAUAAAGAAGGUGCAAGGAGGAGCUUUGGAAGACUCACAGCUCGUGGCUGGAGUUGCCUUUAAGAAAACUUUCUCCUAUGCUGGGUUUGAGAUGCAGCCCAAGAAAUACCAGUCCCCCAAAAUUGCCCUGCUCAACGUGGAGCUGGAGCUCAAAGCUGAGAAGGACAACGCUGAGGUCAGAGUGAACACAGUGGAGGAUUACCAGGCCAUCGUGGAUGCAGAGUGGAACAUCCUCUAUGACAAACUGGACAAAAUCCACAAGUCAGGAGCCAAGGUGGUCCUGUCCAAGCUCCCCAUUGGGGACGUGGCCACCCAGUACUUUGCAGACAGGGACAUGUUCUGUGCUGGCCGUGUCCCAGAGGAGGAUCUCAAGAGGACCAUGAUGGCCUGUGGGGGAUCCAUCCAGACCAGUGUCAAUGCCUUGUCAGAUGAUGUGCUGGGUCGCUGUGAGCUCUUUGAGGAGACCCAGAUUGGGGGAGAGAGGUACAAUUUGUUCACGGGCUGCCCCAAGGCCAAGACGUGCACCAUCAUCCUGCGCGGGGGCGCCGAGCAGUUCAUGGAGGAGACGGAGCGCUCGCUGCACGAUGCCAUCAUGAUCGUCAGGAGAGCCAUCAAGAACGACUCGGUGGUGGCAGGGGGUGGAGCCAUCGAGAUGGAGCUGUCCAAGUACCUGCGGGACUACUCCCGGACCAUCCCGGGCAAGCAGCAGCUGCUGAUCGGUGCCUACGCCAAGGCCCUGGAGAUCAUCCCGCGGCAGCUCUGUGACAACGCCGGCUUCGAUGCCACCAACAUCCUCAACAAACUGAGAGCCAAGCAUGCCCAGGUAAGGCUGGGGUCUCAAACUAAUAAUAAAGACAUAGCUGACAAUUUCUCGGCGUGCGUGUGGGAGCCGGCCGUGGUUCGGAUCAAUGCCCUGACGGCCGCCUCGGAGGCCGCGUGUCUGAUCGUGUCCGUGGACGAGACCAUCCGCAACCCCCGCUCCAGCGUGGACGGAGCUGGAGCUGCUGCCCCUGCCCGGGGCCGCGCCCGUGCCCGGCCCCACAACCACUGAUGGGGGCUCAUUCUGUAAUUAAACUUUGUGGUAAUUAGUGCUGAGUUCA